AUGGCUAUCAUCAAGGCUCGAGAUGGUACCUCCGAUCCGAUCAUCACGCGCAUGGUCGCGGAAGAUAAGGUGCCAUGGUACAAGAAACCUAACCUCCGCCUGAUGUACAUCUGGCUCUUCCUGUGUUGCAUGGGUGUAGAGAUGACAUCCGGUUUCGACUCGCAGUUGAUCGGCACACUGCAAUUCUCACAGCCGUUCAACAAAUACUUCGGUGAUGGCUACCAGACCCUCAACAGCAAGAAGAAAUUGCAGUGGGACAUCCGACCAGGCAUUCUUGGCUUCAUCUCGUCGUGCUACCAGCUUGGAUCCAUUCUCGCAGUGCCUAUUGCCCCAUGGAUCAAUCAAAAAUACGGAAGACGUUGGUCCAUCAUGGUGGGCUCUUCCAUUAUGGUUUGUGGAGCGUUACUGCAAGGUUUCGCUCAGCAUGUUGGCAUGUACGUCAUCGCUCGUAUGCUUCUCGGCGUUGGCAUCCUCUUCGCCAUCAUCUCAGGAUCCGCUCUCAUCGGAGAACUCGGUUAUCCUAAGGAGCGCGCAACCCUUACCUCGCUCUUCAACGCAUCGUAUUUCAUCGGAGCGAUCCUAGCUGCAGCCAUCGCAACUCGAACCACCGGCAUCAAGGGAGACUGGAGCUGGCGCCUUCCGUCUCUGCUGCAAAUCGUACCCUCGCUACUCCAAAUCUGCACCGUCUUCCUCCUCCCUGAGAGCCCCCGUUGGCUGAUCAGCAAAGACCGCGACGAUGAAGCCUUUGCCAUCCUCACCAAAUAUCACGCCGAAGGCGAUACCGACUCGCUCCUCGUGAAAGCAGAAAUGGCACAAAUCCGCUCGACCAUCAAGAUUGAGAUGGAGCACUCCAAUCAGUCAUGGCUCGACCUCUUCAAAACCGCCGGUAUGCGCCGCCGCGCCCUCAUCGCCGGUUUCCUCGGCCUCUUCACGCAGAUGAGCGGUAACACACUCCUCUCAUACUACCAAAACCUGCUUUUCGAGCUCAUCGGCUACACAACGGACUACGCAAAGACACGCAUCAACAUCGCCAACCAGUGCUGGAGUCUUUUGAACGCCGUGAUCAUCGCGGUGAUCGUGACACGCUUCCGGCGCCGCUGGAUGUUUAUGCUGUCCGCAGGAUCCAUGAUGCUAGUCUUCAUGAGCAUGACCAUCUGUUUCCAGCGCCUCGGGCACGCAAAGGACCAUGGAUAUUCCAACAAGUCGGCGCAAUACGCUGCGCUGUUCUUCUACUUCGCGUACUCGCCGUGCUACAACAUCGGCAACAACUCGCUCACGUACACGUACCUUGUUGAGCUGUUCCCGUACGCGCAGCGCUCUAUGGGUAUUGGGUUUGAGCAGAUUUUCGGCAAGUUGGGUGGCUUCUUCAGCAUCAAUGUUAAUCCGAUUGCGAUGAAGGCGCUGAGUUGGAAGUACUUCGCUAUUUACUGCGGAUGGAUUACUUUUGAGUUCUUGUUCGUGUACUUUAUGUACCCGGAGACGUACAAUCGUACGUUGGAGGAGCUCACGUUCUUGUUCGAAGACAAGGCGCUUGCGGAUGAAGCGGUCAAGGCUGUGGAGAAGCAGGUCAAUACUGCGCAUAUCGAUGGUGAGGAGCAUGGUGAUAAGACGCAUGUCACGGCUGUCGAGCGUGCUCUCUAA